ACACGAGUGGUGUUGACGAGAAAACAAAACCGUAACUUAACGUGACGGCGAUACUUUAUUCAUAUCCAUUCUCUCUAUUCCCCGUCUCACCUAACCGGAACGACAUGAUACUCUGAACGUCGUCGUAUCAUCUCCGACCUAUUCCAUUACCAAACAGGCGAUCCUCUCACAAAAUUUUACACUUGUCAUCACCAGCAAAUCACACCAUCAUGAUCACCACGCAGAGGAGCAUAGGAGGAGGGGGAUCUACACAGAGCCCUAGAUCUCCUCAAUCAUCUCAGCCGUAUUUAUCAGUUUCAGUUACGGAGCCUGCUAAGAUGGGCAAUGGUGUUCAGGCUUAUAUCUCCUACAAGGUUAUCACCAAGACAAAUUUUCCAGAGUAUCAAGGCGCAGAAAAAAUAGUUAUUCGAAGAUAUAGCGACUUUGUUUGGCUACGCGAUCGUCUUUUUGAGAAGUUUAAGGGAAUCUUUAUUCCUCCUCUUCCAGAGAAGAGCACUGUAGAAAAAUUCAGAUUUAGUGCGGAAUUUAUCGAGAUGAGGCGUCAGGCAUUGGAUAUAUUUGUUAACAGGAUUGCUUCACAUCACGAGCUUCAGCAAAGUGAGGAUCUGAGAAUUUUUCUGCAGGCAGAUGAACAGACAAUGGAGAGAGCACGAACUCAGGAAACUGGAAUUUUCAAAAAACCUUCCGACUUUAUGCAGAUAUUCAAGGAUGUUCAAUCUAAAGUUAGUGACGUCGUUCUUGGGAAGGAAAAGCCAGUUGAAGAAUCAAAUCCAGAAUAUGAGAAACUGAAGAACUACAUUUUUGAGCUUGAGAAUCAUUUAGCUGAAGCUCAAAAGCAUGCAUAUCGCUUAGUGAAGAGACACCGAGAGUUGGGGCAAUCUCUAUCAGAUUUCGGAAAGGCUGUCAAACUUCUGGGUGAUUGUGAAGGUGAGGCACUUGGAAAGGCAUUCUCUGAACUAGGGGCAAAAUCAGAGAUUUUAGCAAUCAAGCUGCAAAAGGAGGCUCACCAUCUCUUGAUGAACUUUGAAGAGCCUUUGAAAGAUUAUGUACGCGCUGUGCAGUCUAUUAAGGGAACGAUGGUGGAAAGAGCCAAUGCAUUUAGGCAGCAAUGUGAAUUGGCCGAAACAGUGAAACUAAAGGAAAUAGAUCUCAACAAGCUCAGGUUGAUGCGAUCAGAAAAGCUGCUAGAUGCUGAGCAUGACUACGAGGAGCUCAAGACUGAAUGUGAGGAAGCAACAAGAAAAUUUGAGAAUAUUGUGCGGCUGAUGAGUGAAGAGAUUGUGCGUUUUCAAGAGCAGAAAACAAUUGAUAUGGGACUUGCGUUCCAUGAAUUUGCCAAGGGACAGGCCCACCUAGCUAAUAGUAUUGCUGAUGCCUGGCGAAGUCUUCUUCCGAAGCUUGAGGCUUGUUCUUCCUCCUAGCAGAUUACGCAAGUGACAGAAGUACCUUCAUUGGGUCAGUUCCUGGGUAUCCUGCCCUAGGUAGUCUGUGCGAUGUAAAGACUUACAGAGCCAUGUCCAAAAUUUACUUGGUAAAUUUUCAUGUUGUAAUGUGUACAAACUUAUCAGAAAGUAUGUUCUGAGAUCUUAGGGAUGAAUUCUACAGAGCAAAAUGCAACUAUAUCUUAUGCUCUUUCUUAGGUGUACUCGUUGGUAUUAAUUUUAUGGAUUUAAUUUAAAAACA